AUGGCGGGGGUUGGCGCCGGGACGGGGGCGUUGAGCUCCCUCCUCGGCAAGCUCACCACAUUGCUCAGCGACGAGUACAAGCUGCUCAAGGGCGUACGCAAGGACAUCGCGUUCCUCGAGCGCGAGCUCCGCCGGAUGCAGAUCUUGGUGAACAUCCUGGCGGACAUGGAGAAGCUCGACAAGCUGGCCAAGGACUGGAAGGGCACCAUGCGGGACCUCAGCUACGACAUGGAAGACUGUAUCGACCGCUUCAUGGUCCGUCUCGGCAAGGGAGACGCCAAGCGUGGGUUCAUGAAGAGGACCGUGCGCCGGCUCAACACUAUUUUUGCUCGCCAUGGCAUCGGGACCCAGAUCAAGGAGCUCAAGGCCCGUGUUGUGGAGGAGAGCGAGCGGCGGCAGAGGUUAAAUCUCGACAACUUUGUUACAAGUACACCGAGGACCGUGGAGAUAGAUCCCCGGCUAGCCGCGUUCUAUGAGGAGGCCGAGGGGUUGGUUGCGAUGGAUGUCCCCAUGAACAAGGUUAUGGCCUGGUUGAUGGAGGAUAGCCUGGAGCUGAAGGUGGUGGCCAUUUUUGGAGGUGGGGGGUUGGGGAAGACGACCCUUGCCAUGGAGCUAAAUCGUAAGAUUAAGGGGUACUUUAAGUGCCGAGCUUCUGUGUCGGUAUCGCGCACCCUUGAUCUCGACAAGCUCUUGAAAGAUGUCCUAUUUCAAAUCGAUCCAGACGUAUUCAGAAAAUGCAAGAAGGAUGUUUGGACUAAAGAGCAACUUAUCCGUGACAUUGCACGGAUAUUGACAGGAAAGAGGUACUUCAUUAUUAUUGAUGAUGUUUGGAAAGAGGAAGACUGGAAAAUUAUCAAAGCAGCUUUUCCUGACAAUCGUAAUGGUAGCAGAAUAAUUGCUACCACACGCAUCACCACUGUAGCUAAGUCAUGUUGUUCCAACUCUGGUGAUCAGCUUUAUCAAAUGCCAGUUCUGAAUGAUGUUGAUUCUCGAAGAUUGUUCUUAAAGAGAAUUUUCCACCACGACAACUCCUGUCCUCCUCAGCUGGAAAAGGUUUCAGACAAGAUUUUGAAAAAAUGUGGUGGUCUGCCAUUGGCUAUAAUCACAAUUGCGAGUUUGCUAGCCAAUAAACCUCAUAACACAGAUGAAUGGGAGAGACUGGCAGAUUCCAUUGGUAAUGGUCUUUCAUAUGAGAAUGAUGGUGGUGGAAAAGGGAUGAAAGAUAUAUUAUUACUUAGUUAUUGGGACCUUCCGCACCACCUGAAGACUUGUUUAUUAUACUUAUGCAUAUAUCCAGAGGACCAGCGCAUCAAGUGUGAAGAUUUGAAAUGGAAAUGGAUAGGGGAAGGAUUUAUUGCUGCGCCAUGGGGAAAUCUGUGUCAAGAAGCAGAGAACUGUUUCAAUGAACUUGUCAAUAGAAAUAUGAUCCAGCCCGUUGAUGUUGGCCGUGAUGGCCUUGUACACUAUUGCCAGGUUCAUGAUAUGGUCCUUGACCUCAUAAUAUCUCUGUCAGAAGAAGAAAACUUUGCCAUUGUUUUAAAUAGACGUGUCUGCAAUUCUUUGCCAAGCAAGAUUCGUCGGCUCUCCAUGCAAUCUACUGGGAAAGGAAACAAAGGAGCAAUUCAUGCAGUCACAACAAGCAAGUUGCAUAUUCGCUCACUGAAUGUGUUUGGAGAAACGGAGCCGGUACCCCCACUUGUGAACUUCCAUUCCUUGCGAGUUUUGGAUUUUGACAGCUGCAAUUGGCUGGAAAAGGAGCAUAUAAAAAAUAUUGGAAGUUGUUCCCAGCUGAGGUAUUUGCGAAUUAACAGCAGACAAAUCACCGAGCUUCCUGGAGAAAUAGGGAAGCUGCAGUUCUUAGAAACUCUGGAUUUGCGGGGUUGUGGUGACCUUAUAACACUGCCAUCAACUAUGGUUCAGCUACAGAAACUGGCGCGUCUACUUAUUCACUACCACAUUUGGUUGCCUGCCGGUGUGAUUGGGAGCCUGCACGCCUUGGAGGAAAUAUCACAUAUCUAUCGAGUUGACAACCCAGUGAAAUUUGCGGAGGAGCUCAGGCACCUAACAAAACUGAGAAAGCUCUCUAUGAAUUGUUAUCCAGAUAUUUGCAGUGAUUAUCUAGAAAGAUAUUUGGAAGUUUUGAGAUCAUCUCUAAGUGAGUUGUGCAAAUUCAACCUUCGAUAUCUUCAUACCAGUAAGGAAAUAGGAGAUUAUCUGCUGGGGGGUCGAAGACGCAGGUUUCCACACCUCCAUCUUGUAAAAUCGGUUUUUAAACGUGAGACUCGUUUUGAAAGGAUUCCCAUGGGAAUGGCUUCCAUAAAUGAUCUCGUCCAUUUAGACAUAGAAGUUGAGAGGUUUGAUGAGAAAAGUCUCCAUCUUCUCAUGGGCAUGCCUUCUCUGACCUAUCUCCAGCUAAGCGUGGUCACUGAGGGGUAUGAGAAAUUUGGAUCCUAUUUCCCGGGAAAGAGGUUUGAUCCAGUGACUGUCGGUAAUAAUGGAUUCAAGUUUCUGAAGGUGUUCUUCUUCACAUUGAAAGAAUACACAGGAAUUGGAAUAGCAUUUGCACCAGGUGCUAUGCCAGCACUCCAGAGGCUCCAUCUUCGCUGGAAAGCACGGGAUGUUAUGUCCGGGUAUUAUGAGGACGGUCCUGGCGCUGACAUGGGCAUCAGGCAUCUUUCAGGCCUCACGCACCUCCAGGUCGAAAUUGAUUGUUCGUAUGCAACUGUGGCCGAGGUGGAGGCUUUGGAAGGAAAAGUGACCGGCUGGCAUCCCAACCGCCACACUCUUCAAGUCCAUCUUCGUAGAGAACACGAGAACACUAUUAUCAAGGAUGAGGAGGAGAGGGACAAGCAACGGGAGGAAGAAAGGCGCGGGCAGUAUCUUAGCGCUUUUUAG